AUCUACUUGUCGUCAGGGCACAUCUCGAGGUUCCUAUUUUCUUUUCUUCCUGCAGAGCUCCUCCAUUACCGAGAGCAAAUGCAAUAAGCAACUCCUGCCUGACUGCCCUGACUGAGAGCCGCUUUGCGCCUGUUCCGCUCCUUCCUGUUUUGGCCUUCUUUUACUUGUAAUCGGGUUCGUUCCUUGUUAUUCAUUCGUUCUUUCUUUCCUCCGUUCUUGUGAGAACUUCUCUAUUAGGUAUCAUCUAUUUACCAUACCUUCCCCUUCAUUCCUUUAACCCCUUUUUAUUCUUCUCUUUCCUCUUUCCUCGCCAAGGUUUUUUCCUCUUCGCGACUUUCACUCUUCGGUCCUCACUUCCGCAUUUCCCUUCCUAGUUACCUAUCUAGGUGGACUCUCAAGUUCGGUUGUGAUCAUCUUCGUCUAUUCAAUUCGGUCAAAGUCCACGGGAUCUGGCGUCCUCGUCUUCAAUUCUGUCCUCCGUGUCUUUUGCAAACGACACUUCGAUUCUCUGUACCUACUUUUCGACAGGUCUGCAUAGCGUGUACCACCGUCCCAGUCAGUCAUUCAGCUCAGCUCUAUCUGCCACUUUACGGGAUCAAAUACGAAUUCCCUUCAGCCUCUACUGCUGUGGUACCACCGAACCGAAUUCAGGGCGACAUUUACCAUCACGCCGUGUUACCGAAACGAUUUGCGCAUACGUCGAAGAAUCCUAAUCCGAGGAUCAAAGCGUGACAACUCUUGACAAAACGCUUCUCUUCCUUGUGCAGUCAAACGGGCUGUACAUCUUCAACUCGGACCUUUUCAAGAAGCUCGCCGAUCUAUCAGCCCGUUCUAUUUCUUCUUUUUCUUGCUCGGUUCACCAUCAAAACAAGCAACUCCAGACCAAGCAUUCCUUUUUAACUUCUCACGCAAACAAAACCCGCCAAAAUGCGCAUCGCUUUGCUUCUUGUCUCACUUGCGGCCAGUUUGGUCUUGGCCCAGGACAUCAACCCUGUCCCGGCAUGCGGGCAAGGUUGCUUCAACAGCAUGAAGGGCAAAUUGGGCUGUGCUGCUGCCGACCAGAAGUGCCUUUGUGACAAAGCCGACUAUCGCAACGGGUUGAGAGACUGUGUGACUCAGAGCUGUGGCAGUGAAGCAGCAGCUGCCCAGUCUGCAUUGAACGUAUAUGUCGACGCUGUUUGUGCUGCUGCUUCGACUUCCGCAGCCGCUGCAACAUCAACUCCUCCAGCCGCGUCAACUCCAGCGUCGACUACGCCUCAUUCUACCUCGGCGCCACCAACCUCAACUCCUGCACCUACCACCACUGCCGCUUCGACAACGCCGAGCUCAACUGCAGCCCCGGCUGUGACAACAACCUCAUCCAGCAGCACCUCGUCGUCGACCAUAACUAGCAGCACCACUUCAACCUCGGCGACCUCGUCGGCAACUGCUGCGCCUGCGGCAAGCGAGAAGUCAGCCGAGGGGCUUUCUAGCACGGCCAGAAUCGGGAUUGCUGCUGGCGGAGCUGUAGCGGCACUCGGCCUAAUAGGCGUUCUGGUUUGCGUAUUCCUACACAGGCGUAACCAACGCCGUGACAACGAUCAGACUCGCCGUCUUAAGAUUAGCGAACCUAUGCCUGGUGCCGGCCGGACGUAUGCUGGAGAUCAUUUCCACGACAAGUACCAAAGCAACUCCCCUUCGGACGUUGACUUCAAGAGCCGACGAUACGAGGAUAUGUUGCCAAGGCAGACACCGAGGAACAUGGUUUGAAGUGAACAAAACAUUUUUCGUUUGUACUUUUUCCCUUUUUAUGUUCAUAAAUUACCGAUCAAACAAAUAUCUUGAUCAAAAAGGAAGAGUGGAGUAGGAUGUCGAUGGGUUUCCGUGACAUCUCUUCAUUUUCCCAUCAAAUACAGGCUAUAUUGUUGCCUCAUGUCUUUAUUCCAUGAUGUGUCGAGCGCAUAUUCUUUAUUUCAGGCUUUGAUCCUCGAGCUUUGGCGACGAACACUGUUUGGGGUUGCAGAUGAUCUUAUGACGAUGAUGUUUGACAUGAAUAACCUAACCUACUUGAAUGCCUUGAUUUUUAAUCAGUGAAACUGUGUGCUGGUGAAUGUUUUGUUUUGGUCGGCUUUGAUUUUUUUGGGAGUGUAGAUAAGACGUAUGAGUUAG